AUGGCAUUACAAACAGCCUAUAGUACGGAUGAUGAUGACUGCAGUACUUCUACUGCCUAUUUUUCCGCUGAUGAAUCCGAUUUUUACAUAUCUUCACCGACCACUAUUGCUACUUCAUCCUGCAGCUUUUUACUAAAGUCCCUAGUUAGUAAAACCAACUUACCAACUCCAGUUGUAUCGUCUGGUAGUACUGUAGAGUUUAUUGGAAAUCAAUCAGAGCCUAUUAAUCCAUGUAGUUCAGACGACUUUGAAACCAUUAUACCUCGGACUUGCAGUGCUCUACCUCCAGACUCAACCUCCAGGUUGCAAACACAGCUCAUUGCUAACGAGGUUGAUCUUGCAUUGGAGUCUUUUGACAAACUAAGCCUUGGAUCAUCCAGUCGCAUUAAUAGUUGUAAUAUAUAUAAUACCUUGGACUCUAGUUCUCUAAAAUUGUCUACAUCUUUAACAGCCUGUCAAACAAGUCGACCAAUUCAAAAUUUUGAAUCAGACAGUGCUGACAGUAAGGUAUACUCAAAUGUUGAGGUUAAAGACUGUAUUUCAAGUACUCUGGCUUCAAAUCCACAAGCUACUGUAGACAAAUUUACUUUGGCACCAUCACUCGAUGUGAAUCAGGGCGUCAAUCUGGAAAAAACAGUGUCUACAGUUGAUUAUGAUCCUACCAAUGCGUUUGAAAUCGAAUCCUUGUCAAGCGAAUCUGAUGACAGCGAUCAUCCUACAAUGAGGUCUAAUCGCACAUUCCGUCGUGUUACAGCCAUAUCCAGUGAAUCUGAUGACAGUCUAGAAAUAUGUAUAUCUACGCCUAGCGCUCAACGCCAUAAAAAUAUUAUUGUAAUUUCUAGCGACGAUGACACGGAUGUUGAGUGUCAGCAACAUCUUUCAGCUAGUUUUUCUACAGCCAGCAGUAUUUCAAGUCUGUCAAUACCUUGUCUGACACAGAUCAAAUCCGAUCGGCGAUUGGCAGUCAAUGAUCAUACUCCCAUUUCAAGUCAUACCAAAAAAUUACUAGCUGCAAACCUAGCAAAAAACUUGAAGGCUUCUUUUCGCGAUGCUUAUAUUGACAAUGAGAAGCUACCAAAGAUUGAAUCAUUUGAAACUGAUGAUGCACCUGAAUCAAUUCCGGCACAACAUGAUAUAUGGUUGCCACAUUACAGCCCAGAGUCGCUUACUAAAAAAAUGUUGCAUUUAGUUCAAUCGCCAUCUACACCAAAAUCUAUAAGAAAAAAGUAUUCUGGAGCUAUGCUAAAAAAUAAGGAAACUCUUUCACGGCAUUUAUUUUGUGAAUUCAAUAAUCGUGUAUUUGAGUCUAAACUUCCGGAUGACAUGGUUAUUGAAUGGUCAGUUCGACUCAACAAAACUGCUGGAAGAACGCACACGCAUAGCCAAAAAAAUGGCUCAGGUGGAUGGAAUCGUAUAGCUCGUAUAGAACUUGCGUCCAAAGUUUUGGAUACUCAAGAUAAACUAUGCAACACUCUUAUGCAUGAGAUGUGCCAUGCUGCGUGCUGGGUUAUUGAUGGAGAUAAUUCGAAUCCACACGGAAAAUUAUUCAAAGCAUGGGGAGAUCGAGCCAUGAAUGCAUACGAACACAUCAAGGUAUCUAGAUGCCAUUCGUAUGACAUUGCAUACAAAUUUACAUAUUCAUGUACAAAUGUCAAAUGCGGUCGAAACUACGGGAGACAUAGUAAAUCUAUCAAUGUUGCAACUCAUGGAUGUGGUUACUGCAAGAGUAAGCUCAUCCUAUCUGGUGCCAAUAAAACAACUGGUUAACGUGAUGUAUAA